UUCCGCCGCGCUAGCCAGUCUAGGUGGUGUUGGCUAGCCGCGCUAUGCCAAAAGAACAACAAUGCCGUUGAAUAUUUACGGUUCUCGUAGUACAACAGCUACGGCCCCUAGGGACCAUAUUACAGCACCAACUACUCGGAAGCGGUUAACAACAGAUGCGUUAGUUCGGGCCGUCAAGGAGUUCCCCUGCCUCUACUACAGCGAGCACCCGUAUUUCAAGAAUUUCGCCCUCAAGCGAGAAUGCUGGAAGAAAAUUGGUGCCAACUUCGGCGUGAGCGGGUCCUUGUGUCAGUCCAAGUUCAAGAAUGCAAAGGACACGUACAAGAGAGCCAAGAAUGCCAUGCGCAAGGCCAUGCUACGACAGCAUGAUGUCAAGCAUGGACGCAGCAAGCCUUGGCAAACUUGGCAGCAUUUUGAUCUCAUGAAAGAGCUCCUGGACUCGCCCACUGCUCCACCUGAGUCAGAGGACCUAAUUGUGCCUAUUGCUGAGGCUGAUGAUGACGGCGAUAGCAUACAAAGCUUUGGCAGCAUCACCAUCAGCUAUGAGCCAGACCUUUCAAGCAGUGAUGAAAAGCCGGCGAAAACAGAAAGUACUGAAGCCGUGAGCAAUUGUGCGGUACCGCCCACUCGCAAGACAGAGGACACGGUUCAGCACCUUUUGUCGCUAGAGACGACCAUGGCCAACUCAUCUCGUAAGACGGAAGACGCUGAUCGGGACCUUUCUUCACUAGAGGCGACCAUGGCCAACUCAAUGGCCAAGUGCAUGGAGCACUUGAAGAUGCUUCAAGAUGAGCGCAAGGAGAGUGGUGAACAAAAGGACACAGUUUACCACUUUUGCAUGUAUGUGGCCAGUUGCAUUAGGGAACAGAACAGAAGGGAUCAGCUGGAAGCCAUGCAAGAGAUCUACACUGUGAUCCACAAAUACCAGAAGAGGCAGCUUGAGAAUACGUGAUCUGUGUGCGUGAAUAACCAUCUGCAUUUUAGUGUUAUGUUUAAUCUUCAUUGCUGUGUCACAAAACACCUUUUCGUUCAAAGAAACUUUGGCCUGAAAGUGUAAAUACUUAUCCUAUUCUAAUUCUCUUUCACUGUAUGCUUUGUCAUUGGUCCAAGCAACGGAGUGUAAUUAUUGCAUGUAUCAGCUGAUUGUGACUGGUGGAUGAUGAUAAAUGAGUAGAACUGUGUGAAAGUGAUUGUUACAUUAUACCAGCCAGGGGCGUAGCCAAGGAGGGGUUUGGGGGGGGGGGGUUCAAACUCCCCCCGAAAAUUUUCAAUUUUGCUCGCGUAUAUGUACACGCACACAUACAAAUGCAUGCACUAAAGCCCCUGAAACUUCGUAAAGUAGCGACACUUUCCUCCUCCGCUCGCGUUCCUCCUCGUUCUCCUCUCCUUCGCACUUUCUUUUCGAGCAUGGCGCCACCUACCUUGCUCCUGCGUAGCAGACGAUGCUUCGCAAAGAGAGCUCGCGUUUGCCAGGCGGCGCGCUUUAAGCAUUCGCACUAGCCGCCUAGCUCUUGGUAUCCUUUUUUUGAAAUUAUAUAUGUUGUUUAGGACAUGUUAGGACACGUUUGUAAAGGACAUGUGUGAUGUUGAACGUUAAUGUCCCGCUGUACAUGAAGCCUUCUUAAACCUAUAUAUUGUACACGUCGUCCUCGCGAGGCGAAUUCACCGCGCAUACCAAUGACGCACUGAGGCUACCAGUACGCACUAGAGGUAGCCGUUCCGAAGUAUCGGUUGGGUAAAUGUAGUUAACGCCGUUAUACGUGCCUGUAUUAUGUAGCACUGUACACUGCAAUACAAAAGGGCGUAUUUGAGGCAUCUCUUUCCCACAAAAUAUCCAGCAUCUGGCUCACUUGUUUUUUUGUUUCACCAAAUCUAUGCGCUCGCUUGUUCCUGUUAACUGUUUAACAACCUCACAAAAGGGGCGUGCUAUGGGGCGUAUUUCUGUCCCGAAACAAUAACCAUCAAUCUCGCGUGUCUUUCCUUGCAUUAUCGCCGGCCGUGCGGUACUUCCAGGACACGAAUGGCGUGCAUGUUAUUAAAAAGCAUCCUUGAUAGGAAAGUGGCGAGCGCCGAGUAUUCAAGAAAGGAAGCGCAAACUAGCCAGAGGCUGGUUAUUGGUGAGGGGCAAGAAGACUCCACAAAGGGUGCGGACAGUUUUUAGAGUGCAAGAAACACAUGGGCAAUGGGUGUUGGCGGUAUUAUGCUAGUUAAAGAGUGGCGACUAUUAUUUAUUUAGAAAAUGAGUGUCAGUGCAAGCAGCAGCUCGGAGCUUCUUUGAAAGAAGAAUGUGCCAGACAGAAGGCGUACGUCAUUUCCAGUCGAGACAGCGUUGGUUAAUUCGUUAAGAGAUUAGACGCACCAACCAUAGUGCGCAAGUGCGCCUCGUAGACGUACUUGACAUACGAACUAUACUCGCUGCUCAAUGAGCAAGCGAACGAAUAAACUAGCCUGCCACCGUAAACGUUUCCUUCGCGAGAGCUCCACUCGCGGAUAAUAUCUGGGGUUUUACGUCCCAAUACCACGAUAUGAUUAUGAGAGACGCCGUAGUGGAGUCUGUAAAUUUUGACCAUCUGAUGUUCUUUAACGAGCAUUGACAUCGCACGGCACACUGGCCUCAAGCUAUUCGCCUCCAUCGAAAUGUGGCCGCCGCGGUCGGUCGCGACCUUCGGGUCAGCAGCCUAGCACCAUAACCUCUGCUCCGCCGCGGCGGAAAGCUACUCGCGGAUAUAAACCUCCACACGAAAUGGCACGUAAACCUUCGCGCUAAAUAACACGUAUACGUGAGGUUCCUAAACGAUGAACGCACCCUGCGACUCGGUUGGGCACGCAUGCUUUGCCUACCUACCUUCUAUCGCAAGUUCAAAGGCGGAUCUGUCGACGUAAAAGAGCCAGAGAAAGCUAUUUGCUUUAGGAAAAGAAAAAAAGACCGAGCACGCAACAAAAACAGAGAGUACCACUCUUAAUGUGAGCUUUCGCACUCCAGCUUUGUUUCUUCAAAAGAACUGCACCGAAUCUCUGAAGUUUCGCAAUCACAUUUUCUAUCGUCAGUCGGCGUGCCAUGCUAGGCGCACAAACCAAUACCGCAAACUCAAAGAGUAGGCGUAUCACGUCAAGCAGAAAACGUAACCACAUAUUAUUGAAAAAAAAAAAACAGUACAGACUCCGCAGAAGCAGGAAUAAAACGUGUGAGGAAUAGCGACGUACUUCACUAUUAACUGAGACGUGUCUACGGCGUUAUAGCACGCAUCAAUUUGCGCGAACCUCGACGAGUACUUAUAGUGAGAGGAUAGCAACUUACCUCGCAUAGUCGCGUCGAAAACGUCGGCCGAAAGUUCUAUCU